AUGUUUAAAGCCGAUGUGCUGGAAACUGUUUUUCCAGCAUCGAAUGCGACCCACUUGUCGAGAACCGCUUCGAUCUCGGGGGAUCGAUCCUCAGUCGACGCGUGGCAACCGUGUCUGUCUCAUGUAUUUUAUCGGAACACUUUCCAUAUCACAGAUAACAGCUGAUAAGCUAAAUUUCCUACACAUGAGGUUAGUUUCGAAUAGAUAGUUUGGUAAGCUGGUGGGGUUUCGUCAAGUGUCGUUACACGACAUGAUUGUUUCACGAUGAUGAAGAGAAAUGUGAUAAGCCUGAUAAAGUUCUUCUUUCUGGCGGCUUUUACCGUUUUCCUGACCGUCGUCGUAUUUCGGUACGUACGGACAUCACCUAACCAUGAAAUUGCAACACCGGCAGCCGUAUUCGUAGCUAUCGAAGAUGAUAGUCCGAAAAAUCAAAUCGAUUCCAGGCAGAAUUUCAACGAGCAUCUCUAUCAGGAUGACCAAGACAAAAUAGAUUGGCACGAUUAUAAAAGAAUGGAAGAAGAAGCAAAAAGAACAGGAACGGGUGAGCAUGGGAAGCCUGCAUUUCUGUCCCCAUCUCUCGAUGCACUGAAGGAAAAACUAUAUCAGGUAAACGGCUUUAAUGGGGCACUCAGCGAUGAGAUUUCAUUGAAUCGUUCGGUUCCUGACAUUAGACAUCCAGAUUGUAAAAAGAGGAAAUACUUAAGAAAUCUUGAUUCAGUUUCUGUGAUAGUCUCUUUUCAUAACGAGCAUUUUAGCACUUUAAUGCGUACCUGUUGGAGCGUUAUUAACCGUUCCCCACCAUCUCUUCUCAAAGAAAUAAUAUUGGUAGACGACGCUAGCACUAAGAUGGAAUUGACCAAGACUCUGGACGAUUAUGUCGCUAAACACUUGCCAAAAGUUAAGAUCGUAAGAUUACCAAAACGUUCUGGAUUAAUUAAAGGCCGAUUGGCUGGAGCUAAAGUUGCAAAAGCAAAAGUACUCGUGUUUCUAGAUUCUCACAGUGAAGCAAACGUCAACUGGUUACCACCUUUGCUAGAACCUAUCGCGCAAAACUACAAAACUUGUGUCUGUCCUUUCAUUGAUGUGAUAGCUUACGAAACGUUCGAGUACAGAGCCCAAGAUGAAGGAGCAAGAGGAGCUUUCGAUUGGGAAUUGUACUAUAAGCGGUUGCCAUUAUUACCCGAAGAUCUUAAGAAACCAACAGAGCCAUUUAAGAGUCCAGUAAUGGCGGGUGGUCUCUUUGCCAUCAGUGCUAAAUUCUUUUGGGAGUUGGGCGGAUACGAUCCAGAACUAGACAUAUGGGGUGGCGAGCAGUACGAGUUAUCGUUUAAAAUUUGGCAAUGCGGAGGACAAAUGUACGACGCUCCUUGUUCGAGAGUGGGUCACAUUUAUCGAAAGUUUCCUCCUUUCCCUAAUCCGGGCAAAGGGGACUUCUUAGGAAAAAAUUACAAAAGAGUAGCAGAAGUAUGGAUGGACGAAUACGCGGAAUAUAUUUAUAAAAGGCGACCGCAUUUGAGAUCGUUAGAUCCUGGAAACUUGACAGAACAAAGAAAUUUAAGACAUAAAUUACAUUGUAAGCCGUUUAAAUGGUUUAUGGAUAAUAUAGCUUUCGAUCUCGUCGAGGUGUACCCUCCUAUCGAACCGGAUGACUUUGCAUCUGGAGAAGUCCGUAACAUGGGUGUGCCUGAAUUAUGUCUCGAUUCAAAGAAACGAAAGAGAGAUGGUUUUGUAGUAGUCGAUAUUUGCAUAAAAGAUAAUCCUAGAAUUCAAGGGGAACAAGAAUUUCGACUGACUUGGCACAAAGAUAUUAGACCAAAAGAUCGUACAGAGUGUUUAGAUGUUUCUAGAGGAGACAUGAAAGCACCUGUAACAUUGUAUCCUUGUCACGGAGGCCAAGGAAAUCAGUUAUGGCGUUACAAUGUUGAAAAACAAUGGUUAAUGCAUGGUUAUUCGUCAAGGUGCUUAGAUACCGACCCGGCGAGCAAAAAAGUCUUUGUAGCAAAUUGUGAUUCGGCAUCUCCUACGCAAAAAUGGAGAAUUGAAAAAGUAAAUAUGAAAGCCAUUAAUAACUGGGAUAACGUGGGACCCAAACGACAUUGAUUCCUUUUCUUUCUAUACUGCCAUUAUUUUCUUAGUCUCUAUUUAAGCAAUUCAUUUCCAUUAAUGUGUACAUACAUAAACCUAUUUCCUUUUUAUUAACUAGUCAUGUAAAAUUGAAAUUUUUAAUUCCAAUAUUUUCCAUCGUACGAUGGAAAAAUGUAUUUUAAAUUGUAAGAUUAUUUUAAGAAUUACAGAAAACGUAUGUUUCUUAACAUUUCUUGCAACAGUGUUUCUCGAACGAAAACCAUCAAGGAAGAAACUACACCUAUAAACUGAAAAACUUUAGACUAUGAAACAUUUGAAAUUUUAUUUAUAAUAUAACGUAAUAAGAAUAUCGUGAAGCUUGAGAAACACUGCUGCACGGUAUUUCUCCGUCGCGAAAUCGUUUUCAUGCAUUUAUACCGAUGUAAAUAUUGUACGAACCCUCUGUUGUGCCUUAAACAUAUAGCUGCAUUUAGAACUACAUAUUAAUUAUAGUUAUUACUUUAUCGAAUAACUUCGCUUUAAUGCUCAAUUUUUACCUACGACAGAACUGAUCGACUCGUAAAAUUUCUUUAAUGCCAAACUGUGAAACAGUUAAUUAAGUUUCUUGACUGACAAACCGAAUACUUUUAUAAUAUACAACUAAAUACAAAAUUAAUCAAUCUUUUCUCGUACAUUAUUAAAAUAAAUUCUGUACAAACUGUUCAAAGUAAACCGGAAGUUCCAUGUACGAUUGAUAUACGAUUAAGCAGCAAUAAUUUUUUAAGAUAUUUGCGAACAUAUCAAUUCUAUGCACGUAUAAUCAAGCACAGACCACUUGAUAAAACAUUUAUACAGUUUACGGCUGUACGUUAUAUACAUUGGUACGUACAUAUAACGUAUAAGGAAAAAUAAAGUAAAAGCAUCUAUUUUAUAAGAAAAGAAACAUAUCAUUUUUUUUUAUCGAACUUUACUUUGUUGUAUAUCCACUAAUAUUUCUACACCACAGCGUUCUAUAAAAAUAAGAAAUUCGAAAAAGGUUCUAUGCAACUGUGAUCUCGGCACAUUUUCGUUAUUGCAACUAUUUUUGUAAAGCGUUUGUAUGAUUUAAUAAACAGUUUAUUAAAUCUA